GGAGUUGCGCAGGUCGUUAUGUGAGGCAAGCUUGACAUGGGAGGUCCCCCGUUUGUAGGCGCUUCGGAGGGAGCCCAAAAAAGGGAGAAGUAUCAAGCGAGUUUCGUCCCUUUGAAGUUAGCCUUUUGUAGUUACCCCUGUGGAGUUAGCCCCCCCCGCAAACCGCUUUCCCCCCUGCUAGCCGCUUUCCGCUCCCCGCACAAUGGAGGAGGGGAAGAACGCGUUCCUGUUCCACCUAUUCUCCUGCGCGGGGGGGGAGCGCAAAGCCGAGGUGACAAAUUACAGGUUCGUCAAACUGCCGAGCAUAAGUGAGCCCCACAAAUGUGUGCUGUACCACUACAGCGAAAAGAGCAACCAGCUGUACCUGCUCGAACGGAACUACUAUAACCCAAAAAUUGAGUCCUUAAAAGAUGAAAAUGAAAAAAUAAACAAAAGCUGUGUAUCCCUUUUUAUAAAUAACUACGCUGUGCAAAAUGAUUGCAGCUUUUUCUGCUACCCCAUUGAUGCAAUUUUUCUCUUCAUAAGUAUCAUUUAUAAAAAUUGCGGAAGCAACACGUAUACCACGCUGGGGGAUUACCUAGACAGUGUUUUAAAAGAUAGAGAGAAGAGGGAACAAAACGAAAUAAGCAAAAAUGUCCUCUUCAUUUUUAACAAAAAUGUGAGUAACAUCAAGGAGAGAUUAAAAAACACCUGCGACGAGUGCUACGAAAUGGGCAAGUAUUAUUUCAAACCGAAUUUGAAGAAGGUCCAAAAUUUUUACAACCUUAAAUGUGUUAAGUUAUUUAAUUAUAUUAUUGAAAAUAAAAUCGUCUUCUCCGAUUAUGCCCACACUGUAAAGGAAGAAAUUUUGAAGAAAAACCAAGUGGAUAUGAACCUCCAUGAGAGUAGCACGUCCAGAGUGAAAAAUGCAAAAUUAAAACAAAUUGAUGUGUAUGGAGAAUAUAAAAAGCUGGUCGACUCAUUCGUCAUACAGUUUAAUAAAAAGUACUACAGAUUUUGUGGGUCCAAUUUGAGGACUUUCGUUUGGCUAAUUGUGAAGGGCUUCAUGAGCUCGCAUUUGAGUGAAAGACUCACCCCCCCAGACAUUCGGGAAAGAUUAAGCAAAAUGAAAGAGGACGACAAGAAGAAGAAGCUGCAACAGAGUGAUACCUUCGCCAAGGGGAAGAAGCACCCCCUGCAGCAGCCCAGGAAUCAGAUGAUGAUCGACUCCUUCUUUAAGAAGAAAAAGACCAAGUGA